AUAUCUCCGUCCGUUCCUCAUCUGCCUCGCUAUCCUCUUCCUUUCCCCCUUCCUCCCUCUGUUCAUUAAACCCUAAAAACCUCCACACUCACUCAACAAACCCUCGCAUCCCUCUACGCAUUCCCUAUUCAGAAGAAGAAUAUAUAUAUAUAAAUAUCUACACACACUCACACUCACACUCACACUCACAGAGAUCAUGAUCCCAUCCAUUCUCAUAUCAUCUCCUUCUUCUCCACACCCCACCACCCUUUUCUGUCCCUUCAUCAACCCCUCUCCACUCCGAAUCACAAAAGCGCCCUCUCUCUUCCUCUCUAGAAACCACCACCACGUACGGUAUCGAUAUCAAUAUCGAAUCUCCACCGUCCGGUGCUCUUCUUCCGAUUCUUCGGACCAGCCGGUGGUCACCAAGUCGGAUAGCUUCAAUGUAUUUGGGGGCAAGAGGGAGCUCUCUGGGCUUCAAUCGCUUGCCGAAUCCAUGUCACCUCCGAUCAGGUUAGCAAGUACGGCUCUGAUUCUCUCUGGUGCUCUUGUUGCCGGAUAUGGAUUAGGGUUUCGUUUUGGAGGUGAUCGGAGAGCCGGUCUGGGAGGCGCCGUUGUGCUCGGUGUCGCCGGAGCUGGUGCUGCGUACGCCCUGAAUUCUUGCGUUCCGGAAGUUGCCGCAGUUAAUUUGCACAAUUAUGUGGCUGGUUCCGAUGAUCCGGGGGCAGUGAAGAAGGAGGAUAUCGAAAGAAUUGCAAACAAAUACGGUGUAAGCAAACAGAAUGAGGCAUUUAAUGCCGAGCUGUGUGAAUUAUAUUCCAGGUUUGUAUCUUCUGUCCUUCCUCCUGGAAGUGAAGAUCUUAAAGGCAAUGAAGUUGAAACUAUUAUUAAAUUUAAGAAUGCAUUGGGUAUCGAUGACCCAGACGCAGCUUCCAUGCAUAUGGAGAUUGGUAGGCAAAUUUUUAGGCAAAGGCUUGAAACUGGCGACCGUGAUGGUGACAGAGAGCAGCGUCGGGCAUUUCAGAAGCUAAUAUAUGUUUCAACGCUUGUAUUUGGAGAAGCAUCAACUUUUCUUUUACCUUGGAAGCGUGUGUUCAAGGUUACUGAUGCACAGGUUGAGGUUGCUAUUCGUGACAAUGCUCAGCGGUUAUAUGCCUUUAAACUAGAAUCGGUUUGCAGAGAUGUUGACGUAGAACAGCUUAUUAGCCUGAGAGAAGCACAAAUUCUGUAUCGACUCUCCGAUGAGCUUGCUGAAGACAUGUUCAAGGAGCGUACAAGAACACUCGUUGAGGAAAACAUUUCCACUGCUCUCAGCAUAUUGAAGUCUAGGACAAGAGCAGCCAGGGUAACAACACAAGUGAUUGAAGAGCUUGAUAAGAUACUGGCAUUUAAUAGUCUGCUAAUCUCAUUGAAGAACCAUCCUGAUGCUGGUCGCUUUGCUUGUGGAAUUGGGCCGGUUACUUUAUUAGGUGGCGAGUAUGAUGGUGACAGAAAAAGGGAUGAGUUGAAGCUCCUAUAUCGAGCAUAUGUUACUGAUUCUCUAUCGAGUGGUCGCAUGGAAGAAAAUAAGCUUGCUGCAUUGAACCAAUUGAGGAAUAUAUUUGGUUUAGGUAAACGAGAAGCAGAAUCUAUCACGCUGGAUGUUACCUCAAAAGUAUAUCGUAAACGACUUGGUCAGGCCGUAUCUAGUGGUGAUUUAGAAGGUGCUGAUAGCAAAGCAGCCUUCCUUCAAAAUCUCUGUGAUGAGUUGUGCUUUGAUCCACAGAAGGCCAUAGAGAUCCAUAAUGAAAUUUACCGGCAAAAGCUUCAGCAAGCUGUAACUGAUGGAGAGCUUAAUGAGGAGGAUGUCAAAGCUUUGGAGCGGUUACAGAUCAUGCUUUGCAUCCCUAAGCAAACAGUUGAAGCAGCUCAUGCAGAUAUCUGUGGGAGUUUGUUUGAAAAGGUUGUGAAGGAUGCCAUCGCUGCUGGAGUGGAUGGUUAUGAUGCAGAAGUCAAGAAAUCUGUUCGAAGGGCUGCACAUGGUUUACGCUUAACCAGGGAGGUUGCCAUGUGUAUUGCUAGUAAGGCAGUGAGAAAGAUUUUCAUGACCUACAUAAAACAAUCACGUGCGGCUGGGAGCCGAAUAGAAGCUGCAAAAACACUUAAAAAAAUGAUUGCAUUCAACUCAUUGGUAGUGACUGAAUUAGUCACAGAUAUAAAAGGUGAAUCAUCUGAUACUACAUCAGAAGAGCCCAUUGAGGAGGAAGAAAAACAGGCAGAGGAGGAUGAGGAAUGGGAGACCCUCCAGUCACUUCGAAAAGUAAAACCAAACAAAGAAUUUGCUGCAAAGUUGGGGAAGGAAAGCCAGACGGAGAUAACUCUCCAAGAUGACCUCCCAGAAAGGGAUAGGACUGACCUUUACAAGACAUACUUGUUAUUCUGUCUAACAGGAGAGGUCACCAGGAUUCCGUUUGGUGCACAGAUUACCACAAAAAAGGAUGAUUCUGAGUAUGUUCUGCUAAACCAGCUUGGUAAAAUCCUAGGUUUGACUAACAAGGAGAUUGUGGAUGUGCAUAGGGGCUUGGCUGAGCAAGCUUUCAGGCAACAAGCUGAGGUGAUUUUAGCUGAUGGACAGUUGACGAAAGUCAGGAUUGAGCAGCUAAAUGAGCUGCAGAAGCAAGUUGGCUUGCCGCCACAGUAUGCCCAGAAAAUCAUAAAGAGCAUAACAACUACUAAAAUGUCAGCUGCCCUUGAAACCGCUGUGGGUCAGGGGAGACUCAGUAUAAAGGAGAUAAGAGAACUUAAGGAAGCUGGUGUUGUUGAUUUGGACAGCAUGAUAUCUGAGGGCUUACGGGAGAACCUCUUUAAGAAAACUGUGGAUGAAAUUUUUUCGUCUGGUACUGGCGAGUUUGAUGAGGAGGAAGUAUAUCAGAAAAUUCCACAAGACCUCAAAAUUAAUGUUGAGAAGUCAAAAAGGGUUGUUCACGAGCUUGCACGAAGUAGAUUAUCAAACUCUCUGAUUCAGGCUGUAGCAUUACUAAGGCAGAGAAACCAUGCAGGAGUGGUUUCCUCCCUCAAUGAUUGUCUAUCCUGUGACAAGGCUGUACCUUCACAGCCAUUAUCGUGGGAAGUAGCAGAGGAGCUAUAUGAUCUCUUCCUUAUAUACACGAAGAGCAACCCGGCUCCUGAGAAACUGUCGCGGUUGCAAUAUCUGCUGGACAUAAGUGACUCUACAGCAGAAACUCUGCAAGGGAUGAGGGACAGACUGCCAAAUGGAGCAGAGGAGGAAGAAUUUGUUUUUUGAGUUUGUAGCGGGAUAGAUGUGGUAGUGGUAGGCACGGUGAAGAGGCUCUGAGCCCCCCCUGGUUGAGUCAUGUAUUUUUUUUGGUUUCUUUUUUGUUUAAAAAUGAAAAAAAAUCGUGAUUUUAUUUUUAGAGAACAGAGGAACAAGAUAUAUUCUGGUUUGUGAAUCACUAAUACAUAUUGAAAAUCUUUGAACAAAA